GGACGGGGCCCGCUGCCGCCCGCGGCGCGGCGCGGGCCGCUGCGCCCCCGGCGCGGCGCGCGGGGGCCCCUCGGCUCGGGGCAGCCCGAGGCCGCCUGGGCGUCGGUGGAGGCGCCCCUGGCACGGCCGCCAUGGCGGCACCGCUGGAGAGUCCCCCGUCGGACAACCUGUAUAUGAAGGAGGUCUCCCGCCAGACUCCACCGAGGACUCUCUGCGGACCCUGUUCGGCCACAUCUCGCAUCGGCACGCUCGUGUCGGUCCGGAUCCUGCCCACGCCGCCCGGCGUCGAGAGCGGCGCGGCGCUCGUGCGCAUGGGCAGCGUGCCCGAGGCCCAGCACCUGGUGGACAACGCGGGGCAGUUCGCGGCCGCGCUGGGCACGCCGCUGACGGUCAAGUUCGCAGCCAGCGGCCAGAAGGGCGGCGGCAAGGGCGCGCCCCACGGUGCCGCUGCGCCGCCGCCGCCGCCGGUGGCCGCCCCAGGGGCUUCCGCGGCACCCUCGACCAGGCUGUACGUCAGGGGCCUGCCGCUGGGGAUCACCGAGGAUCAGGUGACGGGCAUCUUCAGCGGGUACGGGAGCUGCGUGUCCUGCAAGGUGCUGCAGCAGACCCCCGGCGGCCCGCCGAACGCGGCGGCCAUCGUGCAGAUGAGCGCCGUCCAGGAGGCCCAGUGGCUGGUCGACAACGUGAACGGGAACAUACCGCAGGGCCUCCCGGGCCCGGUGGAGGUCAGGUUCAAGCAGGACCGGGCGGACGUGCCCGCCUUCCCGCCCGGGCCGCCCGCCCCUGCGGCCGCCGUGCCCGCCGGCGCGGGAGGCGUAGCGCCCUCGGAGCACAUCUUCUUGAAGGGCCUCCCUUCGGGCCUGACCGCGGAGGCGGUCGCCUCGAUCCUGGCCUCCUACGGCACGGCGGUGUCGAGCACGAUCGUCCAGAGCCCGGACCCCCCGAACGGCGCCACGGACACCGCCUGCCUCGUGCGGAUGUCGUCGCUCGCGGAGGCCGCCUUCCUGGUGGACAACCUGAACGGCAACAUCCCGCACGGUCUCACGGUCCCGGUGUCUGUCUGCUACUCGAGCGGGGCGCCCGCCCCUCCGGCCGAGGAGCCGCCUCUCGGGCCGAAGGGCGGCGGCAGGGGCGCGGCGGCCGUGCCCCGGGCGGCGCACGCGCCCGGGGGGCCGCCCGGGCCCUCGGAGAGGCUGUGGAUGAGGGGCUUGCCGGAGGGCAUCACUGCGGAGGCUCCCCUGUACACGAGUCGUACGUCCCCCCGACUGGUGUCGACCAAGAUCUUGCCGUCUCCGCCUGGCGCCAACGAUGUCGCGGGCCUGGUGCGGAUGUCCAGCGUGGCGGAGGCCCAGUGGCUGGUGGCCAACGUGAACGGCAACAUACCGCAGGGGAUGAGCGCGCCCGUCGAGAUCAAGUUCGCGAAUUCCUCGGGGCCUGGUGGGCCUCGCGCAGGCGCGGCGGCGGCCCACGUGGCCGCUGGGGUCUGCGGGCAGCCCUGCAGGGACAACCUGUACGUGAAGGGCUUCCCGCCGGACAUCAACGAGGCUAUGCUCAGAGGCCUCCUGGGCCAGUACGGCACCGUCCGAGCCUGCAAGAUCCUGCCGCCCCCGCCAGGGCAGCCCGCGGCCGCGGGCAUCGUGCGCAUGGCGUCCCCGCAGGAUCGAGGCCCAGUGGCUCGUGGACAAGCUGAACGGCAACAUCCCGACCGGCAUGGCCACUCCCGUGGAGGUCAGGUUCGCCAGAAGCAUCAACAACGCCAAGGGCGGUGGCAAGGGGAAGGACGCGGGCUCGCCCUACUGACCGCGCGCGCCGCCGGGGCCAGGCUCCGUCCCCUGCUGCGCCUGCGCCUCCCGCUCCUCUUCCUCCCCUGUCUGGGAUUGGGACGCGCGCCCUCUGCUCGGUCGGCGAGGCAGCGGCGGGCCACGUUCGCGCGGGGCGGAGAAGCCCCUGGAGGCUGUGCAUUGUCGAAAAGCCUCCAGUUCUGUUUGUUUGUUACCGCGCGACGAUGUCAGGGAGUGCGCGCGCGCGGCAGCUUCUGCUCUCCGGGUCGCCC